UACUUGCCUCCACGCUGCCCUCCUCCUCGUCGACGAUGUGCGAAAGAAUAUCUGCCUUGGUGCAACCUAGUUAAGCACUCGGAAAACACUUCCCAUCCUCCCUCUGGUUCCCCGAGCGAGCGUCGGGAACCAUGAUACACACCCUCCCAUCACAGCCGACGAUGCUCGCUUCCGUCGGAACUGUCCCGUCCGCCGCGUCGACCGCGCUCUACUUCGAACCUCUGAACCGUGGCCUCGUCCUCGGCAAGCCCACCAGCAGCACCCAGCGGGCCUUCAGGAAGCACAAGGUUCUCCCGCACCCGAGCAACGACCGCGUUCCGUCGACGACCGCGAAUCGGCUUUCCCGUGACCUCUCUUCCACCAGCACCACCUCAAUCCGCGAAUCGUGCGCGAGCGAAGCCAAGCAACCGGCCACUCCGCCAAACCCUAAGCACGAGAGCCCCAACCUCGCCACGCCUGGGCCCGUCCUUCCUCCGACCCCGCCGGCGCACUCGUGCGCCUCGUCAGGUCGUCACCCCGUUCAGCCUUCGAGCCUAACCUACGUCGACAGCCCGGCGCAGAGCGCCACGGCUGGCUCUGCGAGAACAAUACCGGGAACCCCGCCCAACCAGACGAGUCCGCCCACUCCGGAUGUCACCCCUCCGCAGGCUGAGCGUCGACCGAGAUCCCGUCGUCCCCCUAUUUUCGAUCGCAUCCCAUCCAAGGCGACCACGACUUCUCGCUCGGCAUCGUUCAAGACGGCGCGCGAGGACCCGGACUCGUCAGAAGAAGACGUCAAGCUAUCGACCCCCCGUCCGCCGUUGUCUUCUUCGUCCCGCCUCUCCCAGAGCGCUGUGGGAGGUGAUACAACGCAACGAAAAACGCGGAAUGUGGGGUUAGGCCUGGGGCUUGAGUCCGACGAGAGCCUUACGCCAAAGUCGAAACGAAAUUCUUCGGCUUUCGGGAGCGAAUGGGGCACUCCUAGCGAGGUCGAAUUGGAAUGGGACGCAGAUUACGCGAGGAAUCUAUGGGUGGAGAAGCGACGUGUCCCACCGAAAACAAAUCGACGAAGAGAGGAGGUGGUUGACGAUGUGAUAAUCGCCCCUACCAACGCGACAAAGGCUCUGAGGUCCAUUCCCCUAUCUGACCGACUAUACACGAAUCCCUCGCCCUUGCCACUAGACUCCGCGAAUAGAGACAAGCCAUCAACCGCACCCUCUACUUCCGCGUCAUCCAUUAGCACCGAUCUCCGACGGUCUUCGAUUAUGUCCUCGAAAUCCACCGUCUCUACGAUUGUGGAAGCCAUCCUAGUCGAGACGCCCCCCCAGAGACGGAAGACGCUGCGUCAUGUCAGGAAACAGCCAGCUCUGAGAGGUUCCAACUCGGAGCUCUCGCCUUCGACUUCCUCGGCGAGUACGUCCCUCCGCCAGGUCGACAAUGCCAAGCGUUCGAGGGCUCCCGCAAGAGCUAUAAACGGUCCUGCACGGUCGGAAAGCCUCGCUUCUACCGCUACUGCGAAUUCCAUCAGCAGCCGGAAGGCCCGCCGCGAAGUUUGGAGGAACGGAGGGAUUCCCGUGGUCGUCAUCCCCGACCGUAGGGCCUCUAUCAAAGCUACAGGCGCGCCCUCUCUCCGAUCGACGAGUAGCCGCCACACGAGGAGGAGCAAUAGCAUCAAUUCGGCACCGCUAUCGAAAGUGAUGGAUUCCACCCCCUACUUCGACAAACCGUCUGGGAGGGGCAGGUCUAUGUCGGAAUCCGACGGGGUGUCCGCGGGGGACCAGCUAACGAUGGACUAUCCUCCGAUCGUCCCAGUGCGCAGAUCUUCGCUCUCGGCUCCCACCAGCAGGAAUGGGUCUAGGGCUGGCUCGAGAUCCGGUUCGCUAACUGCCGAAAGCUUGAAGGCGCACGACGCGUUUCUGGAACAGCAGGGCAAACAGUCGGAGCACCACCCCGAGCGCCAACCACCGCCUAUUACUGUGGAACGUGCGCCUCCCGUCGAGGAGAUGCGUAACCAUCCCGAUCAGAGACAGCCUCGACCCGUUCUAUCCGUCGAGUCGCACAGAGAUGCUUCCCACGACCACAAGCCACUCGUCGAUAAUAACGGGGACCCGUUGUUCGGCGUACGCCUAACCGCGUACAACACGCCAUUUUCCCAGGCUUCCGUCGAGACAAACGGAACGCACUCCGCAGCAGAUAUUUCGGAAGCGUUGGCGGUGAACAUCUAUCCGCACCAGAACAAGUCUGUUUUGAUGAUCCAUCACAUGUCGAAGCCCAUCGAUCCCGCAGUCAUCGCAAACGUCUUGCGGGAGGAGAGACCAGCUCAAACGGCAAGCGCCACGGAAACAGGGAAGUUCCCAGACAUUCCCAAGAUCACAGCAACCGACCCAGGCGGAGCUCCCGUGACACCUCCGCACCCCCAGUUCUCGAUGGACGAUGUCGACUCCCCUCUAAGAAACCCCCGUGCGCCCCCCGCGCCUCCCACGAUCAAGCAUGUCCUAGAUAACCCCUCGGGACUCACUCCCGCCACGGAGAACGAGAGGACGACGGGGAAUUAUCACGAAGAGGCCCAGAAUCAGCCUUCCCUCAUGCGUCGAGCUUUCAGCCUCCGCAAGGACCCGGAAACCGGCCGCCCGUCCGGCUUCCUCUCGCGGACCCUGUCCUUGUCCAAGACGAUUCGGAAAGACGCGGCCGAAAAUCCAGAGCCCGACAGGAGCAAAAACGUCAAGUUAGGAAGGUAUCCGGCAGCCGACGAUCGACCGCUAGAAAAACCAGAGCCACACCUACAUUGGCAAGCCCCUUUCGAGGAUGGCAUGGACGACGACGACGACGACGACGACUGGCCACGCGAUACCUACGAUAUCCCCGCGGAGGUGGAGAAGAUUUACCGCUACCCACAAGUCAACUAUGCGGCCGGUCGACGCAGAAGCUUGAGUGAACAGAUAAGACGGACGUUCUCGAUCCUGCCCAUCGAGGACGAAGACCAUUAUACCACUCGUAGCCAGCGUGGUCCGGAGCGUCGGACUAUCAAGCGCACGCCGAGCGGCAAUCUUCGCGUGAUGAGGCAUCGCGAUAGCUACGGUAGCGUCGAGUGGGAUGACCAGCCUCGUUCUCGCGAAGACGCCGAAGGGCGGCCGUCUACCGCGCCGGAAACGCUCAGCCGCCGGGCCUGGGGAGCAGAGAAACGCGUGGACGACCGCGGUCGCAGACUAUUCCCCGGCUGGCAGGACAAGCUCGAGCAGUAUCGACCGCAGAACCUGCAGCGCCGGCUGAGCGAGCACCGGCGGCAGAAGCGGACCGAGGCUCUCCGGCAGAAGAUCAGCGGGCCGCGAGAGGUCCGAGACGGCGUGGGCGAGGUGAUCAAGCGCAACAGCUACACGGGGCCCUCCUACCAGACCCCGUCGGAAAUCCGGCCCUCGGUGGACGGCAAAUCGCACCGCCCCCAGCCGGGAACGCAGGCCCGUCGAGAGGGUCUUCGGUUCUAGCCUCGCCUGCCCGACGCGACGAGCUGUUCGUGGUCCUAGACGCGCAGUCACCUCAAGGUUUCCAUCGAUUUGCGGCUUCCCCUAUUCUCGU